CCCUAAAGAAAUCACUUAAAUACUGCAGUGCUCUAAGCAUUAAAAUUCUGAGAAGAUGGUGGUUUGCAUUAUGAUAGGAGAAAAGCUGUUUGUAAAAUGCUACAUAAAAUAUGAAUUAUUCUAUUAAAGAUCAUUCAGCUCUUAAGAGGCCCAUCUCAAGUUUUACCUCUUACAAGAAACAUCCUGACUAUCCUAAUAGGAGCAGAUCUAUUCCACUUAUGAACUUCUAUUAUCAAAGAGACUCUUAAGUCUUACAACAAGGAAAGCAUGUGAUGCUGUUGGAGUCCAGCUCCAGUGAAAUAUUGAGUGUGAAUGAAUAUUUGAGGCCAGGUGGAAAUUAUGUUUCACAGUCUCCAUGUGUGAUAAUAUGAGUAUCAGUGUUUAUAUAGCUUUUAGAUUAGUAUUACAAAAUUACUAGCUUCCAGGGCAUUUGUGAAUCCACCUUAACUGUCAAUACCAAGAUGGUUAUCAACACAGAAUUGUAAAUAGCAUAGUUAUGAAGGUCAUCAACAUCAACAAAAUUAUAAAUGGUUGUGAUAUUUAUCAAUACUGAACAGAAAUUAUCAUAUUAAUGUACUUAACCUCAAUUGUGUCUUUGAUUCAUUGUAUAGUAAAGAAUGCCUUGUUCCUGUCAAAAUUAUCCUAAAUUUACCAAGUAUGUCUUUGAUUCAUUGUAUACUUAAAAUGUUUUGUUCCGGUCCUCUGCAUUCUCCAUCAAGAUAACUGAUUCUGAAUUUACCAAGCAUGUCUUUUACAAUUGUGAGGAAGAUGGUGAGCCCAUGUAGUUUGAAUAGUUCACCGUAAGAAAGUAGGUCUCAAGUAAGACCUGGUCCAGGGUCUUGCUGUUUAUGGACUUAUUCAAUACUGGCCUUCUACAUGGUGCAAUGAUAAAAGCUGAACUUGUAUUUCUUUUUUUCUUUUCUUUUUCUUUUUUUUUACAUUUUAUUUUAUUUUUCAUAAUUAUAAUUUUUAUUGACAGAACCCAUACCUGAGUAAUUUUUUACAACAUUAUCCUUUGCACUCGCUUCUGUUCCAAUUUUCCCCCUUUCUCCCUCCACCCCCUUCCCCAGAUGGCAAGCAGUCCUAUACAUGUUAAAUAUGACACAGUAUAUCCUAGAUACAAUAUAUGUGUGCAGAACCAAACAGUUCUCUUGUUGCACAGGAAGAAUUGGAUUCAGAAGGUAAAAAUAACCCAGGAACAAAAACAAAAAUGCAAACAGUUUACAUUCAUUUCCCAGUGUUCUUUCUUUGGGUGUAGCUGCUUCUGUCCAUCCUUGAUCAAUUGAAACUGAGUUAGCUCUCUUUGUCGAAGAAAUCCACUUCCAUCAGACUAUAUCCCCAUACAGUAUCAUUGUUGAAGUAUAUAAUGAUCUCCUGGCUCUGCUCAUUUCACUCAGCAUCAGUUCAUGUAAGAAGUCUCUCCAGGCCUUUCUGAAAUCAUCCUGCUGGUCAUUUCUUACAGAACAAUAACAUUCCAUAACAUUCAUAUACCACAAUUUACCCAACCAUUCUCCAAUUGAUGGGCAUCCAUUCAUUUUCUAGUUCUAGCCAUUACAAACAGAGCUGCCACAAACAUUUUGGCACAUACAGGUCCCUUUGGGGUAUAAGCCCAGUAGUAGCACUGAUGGAUCAAAGGUUAUGCACAAUUUGAUAACUUUUUGAGCACUGAACUUGUACUUCUAACCCUGGUUUUGCCACUUAUUACCUGUGUGACCUUGGACAAUUCAAUUAAAUUCUCUAUGCCUAAAUCUCCUCAUUUAUAAAAGAAGAACUUCAAGUUUACUCUAGUUCAAUAAAUACCUCUACCUGAAACACCCCUUCUAGAAAUAACCUCUAAAUGUUUUGUGGGUCAUAGAAAGCUUCUUAGUCAGUCAACAGGUAUUUAUUAGGCAUCAGGCACUGUACUAAACACUAGGGAUGGAAGAAAGGUAAAAGACAAUCCCAGUUAUCAAGGAGGCCACAGUCUGAUGGGGGAGAAAACAUGCAAAAUUCUAUAAAAACAAGAUAUAUGCAGGAUAAAUUGGGGAUAGUCUCAGAGGGAAAAAAGUAAGAUCUCAAAAUAAUGCUUUUAAAUAUAUAAUGUAAAAUAUAUGAGUUUACAAAGAAAAUUAGUUUUGUUGAAAUACAAUUAUCAAAAUAUGUUUAUAACAAGUUCAAGGACUGCAUAUUACAAACCCCUGCUCUACAAUAUUCUCAACAACUGACUGGCUAUUCUAACUUCCCAUUGUAGAUCUUCAAUGAUAAGGAAUUCAAUGUGAGGAGGCCACCCUAAGGAACUAAUAUUUUGCAUUUAAUUUGUUCUUUAAUCAUUUCAGCAACUUAAUUUUAUUCCCCAAACUAGAGAACAAGCUUCUUUAAGACAGAUGUGUAUAUUUCUUUCUCCUCUCCAAAAUAUCAAGACACAAUAUCGAUAGUGUGUUGUCCCAUAGAUAUUUUAUUGACCAGAAAAUUAAAUGCCAAUAACCAAUGACCAGAAAAUAAGAUGACUUUAAAGCUUGAAGAAUUUCACUGGAACCAUAACUAUUUUAUCUCCCUUUCAACUUUUUGUUUCUUCAUGAAUUGAUAGAAAUAGAAUGACUCUGAAAAUCAGACAAAAAAAAAGCUUUUGGAAAUUUCUAAUGCUGACUGAAUUUUUUUUUAAUUCAUUUUCAUUUAAUAUUUUUUGUCCCAUCCCCAAUGAAUGGGAAAAAAUGUGUAUAGUUAAGUUACAAAUAUGUAUAGUCAAACAAAACAGAAGAAGGGAGGGAAAAAGAGAAAAUAAAAUAUGCUUCAAUCUUCAAUCAGAUAUCUGAAACUGAGUAAAACAUUUCAUCAUGAGCCUUUUGGAACUGUGGUUGACUAAACCUCAAUUGAUUCUAUCUCAGCUUGUGGAAUAAUUACAUAUUUGUCAUUUACUUGUCCACUUCCAUUAGUGCUAUAUUAAUUUUCAAUAGUCAGCUCCCCAUCAGUUUAAAAUCUACCCUGAGGCAAGCAAAUAUUUGGAUGAUGUUUAAAUUCCUUAUUAUUGUGUGGCAGUGAGUCAUGGUCUUCCUGGAUUGGUCCUGGGAGUGUACAAAAGAUAAUGAUGAUAAUGACGACAAUGCUGAUAAUCAUAAUAAAGUUUGCAGAGUAUUUGACCCUGUACUAUUUUAUUUACUCCUCACAGCAAGUCUAGGAGGUAAAGUAGGGCUGCUUUAUUAUUCCUGUUUUUCAAAUGAGGAAACUAAAUCUGAGGGAUUAAGUAACAUGCACCAAUCAGCACCAACUGCCAGAGCUGUCUUUAGCACGUCCACAGGACUUCAGAAAGAGCACACAAUGGUUAGGAAUGUUUGGGAGCUCAGGGUAGCAGAUUUGAGAUUUUGGCUAUCAUCCCCUGUCAGGAAGAAGCCCAUCUGGCUAUUAUCAGAUGUAACCAAAUCCCAGAUUAUCCAAUAAGUAUAAAGUGAUUGUGAAGGUGGAACUCUUUUGUCUAUCCCAAACCACAGUGUUUCUUUAAACAACCUUGGAGAUAUUGAUUAGCAUUAUCUUUAGACGGGUCUGUGACCUGGUCUGCCAGGUACUCCCCAAAUGACUGUUUAAUUCUUCCCCCUUUGAGUUGCCUGGCACUUCCUCUCUCUUUGACUUUCUCUCUCUGAGUCCCUCCCUCCCCGCUUUACUUCUCCCUGAGAAAUCGCCAAGGCUAAUUUUCCCCAAUGAAAGAUUUGCUUAUGAUGGAGAGGUUUGCUAAGUCCUUUUCAGGACCAAGUCCAUUAUGAGGUUUUUCUCUCUCCCUUCUCAUAGUGCCUUCCCUCUAAUGGCGCCUUUCUCCUUACUCUAGCUAGUCUGUUUACUUUAAUUUGCUAAACAGCAUUAUGGAUCUAACUUAAUAGUAAAUGGCAUGCUUAGGCCUCAUGACAUAUUCCUUUAAAGAAUUUUUCCAACUUCCUUUCCUUUUGAACUAUAUGUUUUCCCAACUCUACUUCAUAUUUACCACACCUGCUGCCUAUUUAUUUUACCUCUUAUUUUGUUUGUUAUUUUUUUUUUCCUAAAUAAACCUUCCUUUUAGCAAAGAGAAUUCAUAUUUAGCGCACGUGGUGUCUAUUUUAACUCUCAUUUUUGUCUGUAAACUCUUCUAAAUAAACCUUCUUUUUGGCAAAGAGAAUGGCCAUUGUGAAUUUGUUAUAUGUUUAUUUUGAACUAGAUAUUGCUUUCCCCACCUCAUCAUACACUGUGGUCAAAAAUAUAUAAAUAUCAUCCGACCCAUUUGCUUAGCCAAAGCAGAGUUGGCAGCCACAGAUCUGUCUCCUUUCUGUUUAUGACAUGCAUGCACGGCCCUACAGCUCCUCCAUAAACUUAACCUGCGUUGUCAAAGAGUAAAGAAAUGCUGCCAAGAAUAUGAUUGACUCUACUUAGGGUGCGCUUGUGGAGAGUUUCCCCUCCAUUCCCUGCUUUCGAACGCCCACACCCACGUUCACACCUACACACCGGAUCAUUCUAAGAAAGUAGAGGAGAGUGUACCAGUUUUAAGUUUGAGCCUGGGGGCGCUCCGGUUUCCUUCUUUCCACCUCAUUUCAGCCCGCAGCAGUUCUGGGCUGGGAACAAACUCUCCCCAGUUGGAACCAGCCCAGGCCACAGUACAACCCCAAUCCCGGCGCACCGCCCAGCCUCGGGCUCUGUUCGCUUCGGCGGGCGGGCGGAGCCAGGUGGAGAAAGAGUGCGAGUGCGUUUUGUCCCAGGCCAGGCUGGGGAUUGGGGACGGUGCUCCUCCCUCUCCCCGGCUCCCCAGUGGGAAAAGAGGAGGAGAAAGAAGAGAGCUUGUCUAGCCUCUUCUCUGAGGCGAGGCGCCUUCGCUCCGCCUCUAUACCCUGAAGCAGUAGGGCUGCCCUGCAGUCCUCUGGGGCCGCUUGAGGACAGCGCGCAGAAGUGAGCAUCUUCAGAGUGUGACAGGGAUGUUCCAAAUCCCGGGAUUCCCCAGAGCCAGAGCCGCGAGUCCCAGUUGCCUCGCGCGAGGCUCGCGGUCCGCGCUGUACCAGCUGUUGCCGCUGCUGUUUCUGCACUCACUCCUGUGUCCCGGAGCGAGCUCCUGGAAGCUCACUAUCCUGCACACCAAUGAUCUGCACAGCCGGCUGGAGCAGACCAGCGAUGAUUCUGGCAAAUGCAAGGUCGUUUCGGAGUGCGUGGGCGGCGUGGCCCGUUUGUACACCAAGGUCAAGGAGAUCCGCCAAAGCGAGCCCAACGUGCUGCUACUGGAUGCCGGGGACCAGUAUCAGGGAACGGUUUGGUUCACCGUGUACAAGGGCGCCGAGGUGGCUCAUUUCAUGAAUGCCUUGGGUUACAACGCUAUGGCCCUGGGAAACCAUGAAUUUGAUAAUGGAGUUGAAGGGCUGUUGAAUCCAUUACUUAAACAAGUAAAGUUUCCAGUUCUCAGUGCAAAUAUUAAAGCAGAGGAACCAGUUGCAUCUCAAAUAUCUGGUUAUUAUCAUCCAUACAAAAUUUUACCUGUUGGUGAAGAGAAAGUAGGAAUCAUUGGGUAUACUUCCAAGGAAACCCCUGUCCUUUCAAAACCAGGAAAAUAUUUAAUAUUUGAAGAUGAAAUCCCUUCUUUGCAAACUCAAGCGGAUAAGCUGAAAACCCUCGGAGUGAACAAAAUUAUUGCCCUGGGCCACUCAGGUUUUGAAAUGGAUAAGCUGAUUGCUCAAAAGGUGAAAGGUGUAGAUGUUGUAGUAGGAGGACACACAAACACAUUUCUCUAUACAGGCCGUCCUCUUCCAUCCAAGGAAAUACCUGCUGGGGACUAUCCAUUCAUAGUCACAGCUGAUGACGGGCGGAAGGUCCCAGUUGUUCAAGCAUAUGCAUUUGGAAAAUAUCUGGGAUAUCUAAAUGUUGAAUUUGACAAUGAAGGAAAUGUAGCCACAUCCCAUGGAAAUCCCAUCUUCUUAAACACCAGCAUCCCAGAAGAUCCACUCAUAAAAGCAGAAAUUGACAGUUGGAGAAUAAAACUGGACAAUUAUUCUAAGCAGGAGUUAGGCAAAACCAUUGUUUAUCUGGAUGGCUCCACACAAUCCUGCCGUUUUAGAGAAUGCAACAUGGGAAAUUUGAUUUGUGAUGCUAUGAUUAACAACAACCUUAGACAUCCUGAUGAAAAGACUUGGAACCAUGUUUCCAUGUGUAUCCUGAACUCAGGAGGCAUUCGAGCCCCCAUCGAUGAACAGAACAAUGGUACAAUCACAUGGGAAAACCUGGCUGCUGUGUUGCCCUUUGGGGGCACUUUUGACCUAAUUGAGUUAAAAGGCUCCACUUUGAAAAAGGCCUUUGAGCACAGUGUCCAUCGCUAUGGCCAAUCCUCUGGAGAGUUCCUGCAGGUGGGCGGAAUCCAUGUAGUCUAUGAUCUGAAACAAAGUCCUUGGCAGAGAGUAAUUAGUUUAGAUGUCCUUUGUACCAAGUGCCGAGUGCCAACUUAUGUGCCUCUCCAAAUGGAUGAAGUCUACAAGCUUGUCCUCCCAAGCUUCCUUGCUGAAGGAGGGGAUGGAUUCCAAAUGAUUAGAGAUGAAUCUUUGAAGCAUGAUUCUGGUGACCAAGAUAUCAAUGUAGUUUCUGAAUACAUCAACAAAAUGAGGGUAGUUUAUCCAGCGGUUGAAGGCCGGAUCAAAUUUUCUUCAGGCAGUCACCUUCAAGCAAACCUCUUCAGCUUCUCCCUCACAUUUUUGGCGUUGGCUUGGAUUCUUCACCAGUAAUUGAGUUUUUUCCAUAAAAUUUAUGGGAGGGGGUGAACAAAUUGUUAAUUUAGUGUCAAAAACAAGUUUUAAAAGUGUAAAAAACAAACAAAAAUCUUUAGACAGUGGUUAAGGUUCUGAUUUGUGCUCAGUAACCUACCAUUAUGAAAAUACAAUUCAGCUUCAUAGGUCUCCCUAAAACUUCUUCCUGAACUUUGUAACAAUUCUUAGUCAGGAUGGGGUGGGGUGAAAGGGUGGGAGUAAAGUACUAGAAGGUGGAGGGGGAAGAACUAGAAAGCCAUGGAUAAACAAAAAAUAAAACAAAAACCAUGUAAGAAACAAUGUAUCCCACACUAAAUUUAUUAAACUUUUUACCUUUUGUGCCUUAA